AUGGCAAUUGUUGCAGUUGCUGGUGGCUCUGGGCCAGUUGGCCGCACAAUCAUUGACGGUCUCGUCGCUCAUGGGGGACACAAAGUCUUUGUACUUUCAAGAACGAGCCGCCCAACUCAGAAUGGCGUGCAAUACGUCGCAGUGGACUACAAGGACAUCGACGGCACAGCCAAAAUUCUCGAGGACAACAAGAUCGAAACAGUCAUCAGUGCGAUGGGUGUUAUCAAAGCCGAAACCAGCGAAUCUCAGAUCCAGCUUGUCAAGGCGGCAAACAAGUCCACUUCGACUCGCCGCUUUGUGGUCAGCGCGUACGACAUGCUGCACAAGAGAGAACAAACUUCAUACUUUCCCAUGGCACAGUACACCUUCGAAGCAAUUGAUGAGCUUGAGACAACGGAUCUCGAGUACACGCGAGUUGUUAAUGGUUUCUUCCUGGACUACUACGGCAUGCCUCACUGGAAGUCCCAUAUGCACCCAUGGAUCAACUUCGUAAACGUCGAGAAGAAAUGGGCCGUCAUCCCCGGUGACGGUUCUGCAAAAGCCAACUUCAUCGCAUCGCAAGACAUGGCGAAGUUCGUUGCUCGGCUUAUGGGUCUGGACAAGUGGUCCAAGAUUAGCAGCAUCGUCGCUGAGACGCGGUCGAUUCUCGAGAUUCUGGAGAUUUCCGAGAAAGCACGAGGAGCAAAGUUCGAGUUGGUCUAUGACGACCUUGAGAAGCUGAAAUCUGGCAAGAUCUCGUUCAUCUCUCAAUUUCCCGACAUUGGCUUUAGCCAGGAUGAAGCCGAGGCUAUCUUUGCCAGCAUCCAUUAUUUCGCCGGAACCAAUCAAGUUCUGGUCCCAACACAGGACACCUUGAACUCGAAGAUCCCAGACAUCGUCACAAAGACUGUGGAGGAUGUUAUUGAGGGGUCAUGGAAGGGAAAUCCGUAG